CUCAUAAUCUCAUUCAUUUUAUUUUCGCACGCCUGACAGGCGCUGCGUGUCGUACUGUGAUGGCUUUUAACACUUUUGUAAAUUCAAUAUUUUUAUGAUAUUUAUGUGUUUAGUAACAAUAGUCCUGUAAUUUAAUUUAAAUCCAUAUUAAUGUGCUUACACAAAAUGGCGAACCAGACGCAGAAAAUCGUCUAUAAGCUAGUACUUACUGGAGGACCCUGUGGCGGCAAAACUACCGGACAGUCUCGUCUAUGUACAUUCUUCGAGAACUUGGGAUGGAAGGUGUUCCGGGUGCCGGAAACGGCUACCGUCCUCCUCAGUGGAGGGGUGAAGUUUGCAGAUCUCACGCCAGAUGAAGCUCGAAGUGUUACAGGCGAAGUAUGCCAGACGGCUUGCAAACGUUGCACCGCCGCGGCUGUGGCCCAGGCCACCCAGGGUAACAGCGCGACAAAAUUCCAAGAGAACCUACUGAAGACCAUGAUUCAGAUCGAGAACACAUUCUUCGAACUGGGCAGGACGUGUCAGAGGAAUUGUCUGAUCAUCUGCGAUAGGGGAGCUAUGGACGCGAGUGCAUUUAUAUCAAAGGAGAAGUGGGAGGCGAUGCUGAACGCCAACAGCUGGAACAGCGUGGAGCUGCGAGACAACCGGUACAACCACAUUGUGCACAUGGUCUCCGCUGCUAAUGGGGCUGAAGACUUCUACUCUACUGAGGACCACGCGUGCCGCUCGGAGGGCGUGGAGCUGGCGAGAGAGCUGGACUACAACGCGGCCGCCGCCUGGAUCGGCCACCCCUACUUCGACGUCAUCGACAACUCCACAGACUUCGACAAAAAGAUGAACCGACUCAUCGCCUGCGUCUGCCAAAAGAUCGGCAUCGAGACCGGGGACCGGCUCAACGUCAACUCCAAGAAACGCAAGUUCCUCGUCAAGGGGCCCCUCCCGCCGGACUCGGAGUUCCCCGCCUUCCAAGACUUCGACGUCGUUCAUAACUACUUGCAGAGCGAUGUCCGUAAAGCCCAAGUCAGGCUCCGCAAGCGCGGACAGAAAGGCCACUGGUCGUACAUUCACACGCUUCGGAAGUUCCAUCCCAGCAACGGGCAGUCCGUGGAGGUGCGGACGCAGCUCACGCACAGAGACUACUUGAACAUGCUGCCGCAGCGCGACGACGCCCACUUCACUAUCUUCAAGAAACGCCGGUGCUUCAUCUUCAACAAUCAGUACUACCAGCUGGACAUCUACAGGCAGCCCACUCACCCGAGGUGCCGCGGCCUGGUGCUGCUGGAGACGUACAGCGCGGCGUACGACCAGGACUCGCUGCUGGCCACGCUGCCCAAGUUCCUGGCCAUCGAGCGCGAGGUGACGGGCGACCCCGCCUUCUCCAUGUACAACCUCUCGCUCAAGGAAGACUGGAAGACCUCGAAAAGGUACUAUGCGGGCCAAAAAGACGCGGGCACUGAGUGCCAUGGGCAGGAUAAGUGGUCGUUGAAUGGUCACGCUGACAAGCUCAAUGGGCAUGCGUGUAAAGUCAAUGGGCACGGUGAAAAGUUGAACGGGCAUGCUAAGGUCAACGGGUGUGGCGAGAGUGUGAACGGCCACCUCGGGAACUCCCUCGACGGCCACUCCAUGGAUCUCCCGUCACCAAAGAUUCCUAAAAAGGUUGCUGUUAAGAUUUAAAUCGCCUUUACGUACCUCUAUGUAUACUAGGUAAUUUUAGGAAUAUCUUUUUUCCACUUCUCGAUGCUAAACUGUACUAAGGCGGAAACUUAAAAUAUUUGAAGAAACAGUACUAUUGAAACCCGUGAUGUAUAAAACGUGUACUUAUUCGUUAUGAAUUUAUAAUUGUAUAAAUUGCCAAAUGAAACUAUUUUUUAUAGAAAAUAUGUAUCAAAUGAAAUACCCAAUGCACUUAAAGUGACUCAGGAUACUUAAGACAUAGCUUAACUGUUUCAUAUUGUUUGUGCCUUUACAACAAGUUGUAUAUUUGAAUAUAUUUCGUGUUUAUAUCAUCUAUGACAUGCAAAUAAACUGUUAGUACUUAAUUAUUGCAAUAAUAUUAUGUGCUUAGUAUUGUUGCGGUUUAGAUUAUUGUGAAGUAUUUUAGGUUUUAUUUUACCUGAUACUAUAUAACAUUUGUUUUUUUGUUAUAGAUCAAGAUCCUAGAGCCGCCAGAACAGGGAACUAUUACUAUUACAUUUUGUAAGUAGCCACAUCAAUUGGAGAGGCCCAACCAUCCCCCAGACCUAACGAAACUUUAUGUGGGUCUGGGGGAUGGUUGGACCCCUCCAAUUGGUCUGACUACUUACAAAAUGGUUUGUGAUAGUUCCCUAAGUGUCAUAUAUAAAAAUCAAGAGUGAGAAUAUAAGUAAUUUCUUUUUUGAAGCUUGAAUGAGUCAGGAUAAAGUUACCGCCGGCGGAAAUGGUCUGGCAAUGUUGACUAUCAAUUUUUAACAAUAGUUUCUAAAACAUACUUACAUAAAAAUCAACCAUGAUUAAGAAAAGUUACUAUUCAUUUUACCAACCUUUAACACCUUGUACCGGAGAAAUGACCGUCGGGCCAAUAUAGCAAGUAUACAGACAUUAAAAGUACAUACUAACACUAUAUUAUCCCAUACAUUUUAUUAAUGAGAAAAUAAGUUCUCUUGCUCUGGGAUCUUGGACUACUGUAAGACUUAUCAAAAAGGCAAACUCGAAUAAAAUUAAAUUUUAUAUGAAAUCAGAACACCAUCAUUAAACUUAAUUUGUAGAUUGACUAGUAAAUUUAUAUGUCUUGGUGUUGUAACGUGACUGUAGAAUGUUUAACUUGAAAUCGUUUUAGGGGUCCAACGUGAACUCCAAUCAGAAAAGGUACAAAUACACCCCUAAUAAUUAUAGUGGCCUUUUUACCAAUGAAAUUCAUAUGCUAGAUAAUUUAUUUUUAUGACAGACAGAGUUACUAUUGUGUGGCAUAGUAAGUAAUUGAUGUAGAAAUUGAUGUCGUCUAAAGAUAUUUUUGUUGUGUCGGAAUCAAAUGAAGAUCGUUUUAUAGUAAUUUAAAAAGUAUUGAAACCGUCACUAGUGUAAUUUAUAAUUAAUUAAGAUGUGAGUAUUACUCUCAACGGAUUCUGCUCAGCCCGGAGCUUGGCCACGGUCCAGGCUAUCUAGAUGGCUGUGCUAUGUAAUUUUACGAUUGAUAAAUAUACCACCAAUGUUGGCUGUAAAAUCUAACGCCAAGUAAAUAUAUCUUGUAAGCUUUUUGGACGUAAAAACUCUAAAUUGCAUGUCUAUCUGCAUUUUAUCUUCUUCAUUAAAGAGAAAUGCGACCUUGAAA